AUGAAAUGGAGGAGCCCGAGCAUCCUAGACCAGGCUCACCGCGAAAGCGUCGAAUUGUACUCAUCACUCGUCCUCAUGACCAGGAAUAGAUACUCGCAGACACGAAAGAACGACAGGAAGCCGCUCAGGAUAUUCCAGGCCAACGUCGGCAAGAUCCCUCCGGCUCACGAUUGCGCCCUAGUACUGGCUGACUCGGAAAAAUAUGACAUCGUACUCCUGCAGGAACCAUGGACAGCUCAUACGAAAACUCGGUGUCUGACCAAAACGCAUCCGGCAUACGACACAUUCACGCCCGUGGACAUGUGGAACAUACGUUGCCUCGUCGCUGGCGACUUUAAUGCUAGACAUCGAAGCUGGCAGUCAGGCCAGACUACGGACCGCGGCCAAGAGAUCGCAGGCUGGGCGUCAGAGAACGACCUCGAUCUCCUCAAUACUCCCGAUAUCCCGACAAAUCCGCAUGGCAACACGAUUGACCUUGCCUUCACUAAUAUGCCACUGGCCGAAGCCACUGUGGAGGACCAUCUAGCGACCAGCUCUGACCAUUUUACGCUCAGUCUGACCGUCCCUGACAUCAAGCCCACCCCGUCACAGCCGGGCAAGAUCCGGGUGACAACAGAAGAUGAGCUAAAACGAUUCGUUGAGAUCGUAGAACUUGGAGCCACAGACAUUCCGCUCGCAGACUCGACGCCCGCGGAGCUGGACAAUCUUGCGACUUCACUUGUAAAUCUACUAACAUCGGCAGCAAAAGCAGCGGGCCGACCCUCACGGAAAGGGGGGCGCCCAGCCCCCUGGUGGACAGAGGAGUGUGCCGGUGCUGCGGCUACAUUCCGGGCCAUCAGAAGGAACUACCCCCUCGGCUUCAACCAGGAUGUCCAGAUGGCCAAGAGAGACCUCUAUCGUGUGGUCCGUCGAGCGAAGAGAAAGUAUUGGCAGGAACUCAUCGAUAGCUUUUCCAGCAGCAGUGCUCUCUUCAAAACCGUCCGGUGGCUGAAAUCUCCAGGGCCCUUCCAACCGCCUCCCCUGCAGGUGGACGACAUUGUAUACGAAACUCAGGUGGACAAGGCGAGCGCACUCCGCAGAGCUUUACUAGAACGCCGAACUCUAGAUGAUGAUACUGCAGACCCCUGGACAUCCGUCUCUCCCCCUAGAUCGAUCACAUUCUCGCCGGAAGUUCCCCUAGACGAAGCACAGUAUGCGACCAUCCAUACAGGUAAUACCUCUCCGGGGGCAGAUAAUAUCACCGUCAAUCUUCUCAAAGCCGUGUGGCACGUCGUCGGAACGCACAUCCGUCGCUUGUUUGAAAGAUCCCUCUCCACAGGCCAUCAUCCAAAACCGUUCAAGGAGGCAGAAGUGGUCAUGAUCGCGAAGCCUGGUCGACGAGACCUCACAAAGCCAGGGGCCUGGCGACCCAUCUCCUUGCUCUCCUGUCUCGGCAAGGGGCUGGAAAGACUGAUCGCUCGCCGUUUGGCGUGGGCAGCUGUUUACUAUGGCGUCCUUCAUCCACAACAGGCGGGCGCUCUCCCCAAAAGGUCGGCAACAGACCUGGUGACCGCCUUAGUCCACGAUAUCGAAGAAGCAUUCGCACGCAAGAAGGUGGCCACCCUGGUCACGAUGGAUAUCCAAGGUGCCUUCGACACCGUCAUGCGCAACAGACUAGUCUUGCGUCUCCGUGAACAGGGCUGGCCCGACCAUCUCGCCAGAUGGGCCGAGUCCUUCACGAAGGAUCGUUCAGCCCGCGUGAGGUAUCAAGACACCCUCACGCCCUUCGCUCCUCUCCAGUGUGGCCUGCCUCAAGGCUCACCAGUAUCGCCCAUCCUCUUCCUGCUCUACACUGAGCCAAUCUACCGACUAGGCAACCCCCAGGGCCGCUUCGGCUACGCAGACGACACGGCUAUCCUUUCUAUAGGCGACACAAUAGAUGAAACCACUGCAACGGCCUCCAGCUCCAUCGGUGAGAUGGUUCGAUGGGGUGCAGCAAAUGGCGUCUCGUUUGACCCGAAAAAGACCGAAGUCAUGCACUUCUCCCGCAGCAAACYCAGGRYCWCGCCGGCUAUACGCCACGGCGAUGUCGAGAAGCACCCCGAGUCAGCCCUACGCUGGCUCGGCAUCUGGCUUGACAGCAGGCUAUCGUUCCGCGUUCACGUCGAAAAGUGGGCGGCCAAGGCGCAUGCCGUCGCCUAUCAUCUACGGGGUCUCGCCAACACGAUACACGGCCCUCUCCCGAGCGCCGUGCGAAGUGCCGUCAUGGCUUGUGUCGAGCCGGUACUACUGCAUGGAUCGGAAGCCUGGUACCCGGGCACCACCAGACCGCGAUGGAGUCAGCCUAACAGAGACACGCCAUCGAGCAAUCAACAUCUCAUACAAAGAAUGAACAAGGCCUUACACCAGUCGAUGAGAGCUAUACUGCCCGUCUGGAAAACGACGCCCAYCACCAUCCUCCACCACGAGAGCGGGAUACCGCCAGUUGAUCAGCUCUUGGGAAAACGGCGAUGGAGAUUCUCCGCGCGGCUCAAAUCACUCGACGACGCCCAUCCUCUUGUGCGGCGAACGUUGCCACCGCGCCAACCUACCUACCACGAUCUCAUCAAGCAAAGGUAUCAAGAGGCAGAAAGUGGCUUUAGAACUCGUCUCCGACGUACAGAUGAGCUUUUGACAUCCUGCACCCGUCCUAAGCUCCUCCAGAAACGCUUCCAACAGGAAGAGAUACCACCGUUGCAAACAGCAUCAAAGGAGAAGACAGCCAAGACCUUCCUCCGCUGGGUCAACUCACUCGACGCGCUCACCUUGAUCGUCUACUCGGACGGCUCUCUAUCCGAGACAGGAGUCGCCAGCUACUGCUUCACCAUUCACCAGGACAACUUACCUAUCUUUGACGGAUCAGGCCGCCUCGGACCGGCUGAGGUCUUUGAUGCUGAAGCCAGAGGGGCAUUAGAGGGCCUAAAAGCAGCCCUGAAUCUGCGAAAAUCAGUAACGCAAAGCAUAAUCAUAUGCCUAGACAACCUCGCGGCAGCUUCAUGCUUGCAAGGCAUACCAUCCGACUCUUCCCAAGACGUCUUCCUCGAGUUUCAGGCUCUAGCGGCAUCGCAUGGGAACACACACGUACGCUGGGUGCCAGGACAUACUGGCAUCCCUGGCAAUGAACAGGCCGAUCGACUGGCAAAAGCAGCGUCUUCACUUCCCGAGCCCGAGGGUGCUCGCCCAACACUGGCCUACCUGCGAAGGAUGGCAAGACAAAAACCGAAAAACACAUUCGAGGCAUGGUGGUCGACCGCCGCUCCCGAGCAGUACAAGAGACUCAGUCUCAAGGCGACCACAGGCUGCCCGCCGGAGCUGUCGCUCCCGCGAGCAGCUUUGCACCAUCUGCUGGCAGCGAGGUCCCUUCACGGGGACUUCGCCGCGUAUCACGAGAGGUUCGACCACGGCGAUGCACGCCUGGACUGCUCAUGCGGCCGACGCAAAGCACCGGAUCACAUCUUCUACUGCAGAAAGGUACUGCCGCGCCAUCGGAUCAGGCUCACACCUUCACCGAAUGCAGCAGUCAACCUUGCAAUAGGAAGUGAAUUCAACAAAUUUGUCGACUUGUCCAAGAACAGCGUGUUCUUUGGAAAGAUCUGCCCUCGCUAUUGA